GUCAGAGAAGGGUCUGAAUAUGCAUUGGAACUUUUUGUGGGUAUCUUUCCCCCUGCCCUCUGUGCCAAAAAAAGGAGAUACCUUGGGUGGGGGGGAGGUUUCUCUGGGGUGGAUUAGGUAGGCGGCAUUGGUGAUUCCAAGCGUUAACAGCGAGUAUUGGCAUCUCAUAGAGGGAGAAGUCCUUAUAAUAUGUGUGUUGUGAGACUUUCAAAGUCAACUCUUAAGUGUUCAAGUCAUCAGGCUGCUGCUGCACCUGUGAGAUUCUCCUUCACAGGUUGAAGCAGCCUGGGGCUCAGGAGAUGCGUUAAGAGCCCCUGCAAGGCGGCCUCCAAACUGCGGGGUGUGGGGUGCCAGCCAAGGGGGGAGGCUUUCCAUACAUUUACUUAGUUUCUGCCCAUUAUCUAUCUCUAUCCCCCUCCCCCUAGUAUGGCUAAUUCUUCCCUCCUGGUGUUUCACUGCUGAUGGGAAUAGUAUGUGCCAGUCCCCAUGAAGAUCCAAGUCUAGAUGUCUAUCCUCCUUUAGAAAACAACUGAAGUCAAGGACAAGCAUCCCGACGAGUAAAAGAAACAGCUUUAAUUUUUUUAUGCUUCCAAUACUAGAUGCAAACCCAAAAAUAGAACAAAAAAGUUUCUUUGAAACAUCCCUCCCUCCUCUCUAGCGGGACAGCCUUUGAGUUUCUCAAGGGAGGUGUGUUGUGCAUUGUCAACUCAAGGCCACCGGUUUUUAAAAGGGAGACGCCGUCCUCCCCUUCCGCCCAAGUGUUUUGAGGUGCGUGUGAGCAGCUCGAACGACUGCGUUGGGAGUAGCUGAAGUGAGAACAUGAAGGCUGCUCUUCAGGUGCUUUUGCUAUGGCUGGUGCUGUUGCUCCCCUCUGCAGCACUUCCAAGAAAGGGGAGCACAGGGGAAAGGAUUUCCCCAAUUAACUGGCUGGAGCUGAGCCUGCCGGAGGAGCUGGGACUUGAGGCAGAGGAGAGAGAGAGAGAAAAUGCAAGUUUACAGGAAAGAGUGAGACCCAGCUCGGCGGGAAGAUCAAGGAUGACUGCUGCUACUCGCCUCUUUUCUAAGCCUGACCCAGGAGCAAAAUGCCACCAGGGGAUGGCUGAGGAUGGGGGCAUCGGCUGGUCUGGCUCCAGCCUGCACCCGUGGCCACUCGGGGGGCUGGAAGGGCCCGUGUGCAGGGUGAAAAUGGACCAGGAAGGGCUGACCCCAAGGCACCUGGAAGUUGUGGGUGUUCUCACCCACUAUGAAAGCAGCUUCAUCAAGCUGUUGAGACAACGCGCCAGCUGGGAUGAAAGCUAUCUCGAGACCUUCGGGCUCUGCCCGGCCAGGGAGGCAGGUGCUGCUCUCCAUCCCUUGAAGCACAUCCACGCGCACGUGGUGGAGCCGGGGCAGGACCGCUUCCUCGUGCUGCAUCUGGAGGAAGUGAAGUGGGAAGCCCAGGCGAAGCUGCGGUUCAAGCUGGUUUUCCAGGCAGAGGUGGGCCGGUCGCUGGGAGAGCUGCGGUUUGCCUUGCUGCUCUUCUACCUGGGCAGCCGAGAGGGGCUGGGCAGCGGGCGUCGAGAGGAGCUGCUGGCCACCGGCAUGGGGCUGGCGAGGGAGCAGAGCCUCUGCCUCACCAGGGACACCCAGUACCUGGUCCUGGGAGCUGCCGUGGCAUCUGUCACCCGCAGCAGCGAGCAGCUCAGCUUCGAGGCUUCCCUGGCCAUCAGGCAUGGUGGAGAGGGAGGUACCCCCCUGUCCUCCACGGAGACCCAGGAGCUCCUUUUUGGCUCCGAUGACAAGUGCUUCACCAGGAUGACUCCCGUCGUGCUCCUGCUGGCCAAGUCACGGCAGGAAGAAGAGGUGGCUUUGGCUCCUUCUUCCUACCUCUCUGCCGAGGGGGUGGUGGACCUGGCUCCAUACCCACAGCUCAGCCCACCCCAGGCCGGGACCGAGGAGCUGCCGUCCCCCACCGCCCCAAGCCAAGCCAACGCUUCAUCGUUGGCACCCAGUGGCAGCAGUCAGUUCCUGAGCAUCCUGACCCGAUUCAUCCGCCAGGUCCUGAGCCCCUCCAGCGAGCCACCCACCCAGCCCAGCUCCCGCCACUGGCUGGACUUCCAAGUGAUGGAGACCCUUCCUCACCAGCUGCUCAACCUGUCGGAGGAGGCGGCCCUGGAGCGUCUGGUGCAGUCGGAAGAGCCCUCGGUGCUGCUUUUCCCCCAGGACGGUGGAGCCGUGCUGGAGCAGCACUUGGGGGACUGGCAGCCAGAGGGAACUGUGCUGCAGCUGCUGAUGGGCAAGCUGCAGACGGUCAUCCAGGAGCUGAAGGACAUCUCGGCUUUCCAAGCCAACAUGGGGCUUUUCCAGCAUCUCCUGAGCUUUUGCUACUACCCGCUGGGGCCGGGUGAGGGUCAAGCCGGCGAGCGGCCGGCCGGCUCCGGGAAGCUGCACACGCUGCUGCUGCUGAAGGCGUUGCAGACGGUGCGGGCGCGUUGGCAGGAGCGGAGGAAGGUGCUGCGGCAGAACCGCAGCGCGCGGCACCAGGCCCACUGCCGUCUGCAGGAGCUGACCAUCGACCUGCACGACCGCAAGUUCAUCGUCAUGCCCACCGUCUACGCGGCCAACAACUGUGAGGGUCCCUGCAAGCUGCCCCUCUCCACCCGCGUCCCCAGCUACUACUCGCACACGGUGCUGCUGCUGGGCAUGCAGGAGCGGGGCUCGCCCCUCCGGCGGGCUCCCUGCUGCGUGCCCGUCCGCUACUCGGACCAGCUCAUCAUCAGCCUCUCCGCGGAGGGGCUGGAGGUCCGCAAGUUCCCCAACAUGGUGGCAGAGGAGUGCGGCUGUCGGUAGAGGCGCCUGCCUGUCUCCCCGCUCGCCCUCAUCCUGUUCCCCCCCACCCAGGUUUGCCCUCGCAGCUCCGGAGCUGGUGCUUCUCACUGAGACGGGAGCUCCCCGCAUGUCCUUUCCCCACGGUUUGGCUCACUAGCGUUGCUCUGGUUCUGGGUUUGUCUGUAGCCGUGCUGGUCCCUGGGGGCUGCUCUGCAGCCCGGCGUUACCCUGCGCCGGCUGCUGAUGCCAGGGAUGCCUGAGGUGCCCGCGGGGCCAUCACGGGAGGGCAAGGCUUGGUGGAUCCAGCCAGGACCACACUUAUUUAUCCCUUGCCUUCUGUUCCUGUAGUGGCUGGGCAAGUCAGUUGUUGCUUCCUCCAAGCCCCCCCACUCGCAGCAUCCUCUGGCCGUUUCCCAGUCCACGGCCCAUCACUAAGCCCCCACCAGCCACUCGGCUCCACCUGCGAAGGCAGAACAAGAGGCAAAUCCCCUCGCAGGGACCAGCCUUUACCUGGGGACCUGUCCCCAUGUGAGCCAGGGGCCAUGGCGAGCCGCUGGCAGUGGCUUGGGGCUCCCUGCUGGGUCAUGGCUGCAUCGCCCCGCGCUGACCCCACUCCUGGGAUGCUGCCAGAGCUGGGGGGUGAGGGGAGGGAGGGCUGAGAUUGGGGAGCGAUCCCGUUACACCUCCCGGGCUGCUCACACCAUUAAUAGGAGCGGGUACAAACGGCUGCCAAAGCACCUGCUCUGCAUCCCCGACAGUAUCAGCAUGGAGAGCCCGGCUGUCCCCAGAUCGUCUUCCCAGCUAAGCCCAACCCUCAGUGAGACCCGCCGGGGCUGCCGCAGGGUCCAAAUCCCCGGAAAGCAGCUCCUGGGCUCGUCCUGGCUGCAGCCUCACCGGUGCUGGGACCAGCCCUUGGGCUUUGCAGCGUUGCCACGGGGCUGGCGGGGGCAUGGCCAGAGGCUGGCACA